AGGUCAUGUGACUGGGAAGGAGGCGGUUCUAUAGGAAAAUGGCGUCGCUGCUUCAGCUGGAGCGGGUCCUGUAUUUAGUUCACGGCGAGAAAGAUAUCCGUGCUCCGUUAUCCCAGCUCUAUUUCUGCCGCUACUGCAGUGAACUGCGCUCCCUGGAAUGUGUGUCGCACGAGGUAAAUCUAGCGCUGGAAGCCGUGCAGCCAGGGUUAUACCGGUACAUUGACAGUAAUGGUAUCCUACCGGCCAAUCAGAUGACAGGAAGCGCAUCUAUCUCUGCGCUGAUUGGCUGAUACCAUAUGCUAAUCAUUAGCGCCCGACUGGUACCUAAUGCCUGUGGCUGGAUGGAGAGGCGGGACUCGUGCUGAUUGGCUGAUAGCCCUGUCCGUCUUCCAGCUUGCCUGUAGGGUGGGUGCCCAAGGCCAGACAUGAGUGAGCUGUCCCCGCAGUGAUAUUAAUAGAGACCGGGGAGUCAGUACGCUCUGCAGGGCCGGUGCAAGGAUUUUUGGGUACAUAGGCGAAGAUGUAUCUUUCCACCCCCCCCAAAUAACAUCUUCACCUAUGUGCCUCUUAACCAGCCCCUCUCCCCGUCCAUUAGUGGUCCCCUCCCUUCCCUGUCCCUUAGUGUUCUUCUAAGCUCUCCCCUCUUUUUCCUGUCCCUUGGUGUUUCUCUCCCCUCCCCUCCCUGUCCCUUGGUGCACCCCCCACCCCCUUAGUGGUCGCACUCCCCUUCCUGGUGUGCCUCCUACCUCUCUUGUAGCGUUGCCGAGUGGAGGAUAUCCCCUACAGGAGCUUCAAUUUUCUGUACUUGGCCGGACUGACAGGGAGUGCUCUCUCAGUGAGCACCUCCGGUCAGUCUGGCCGGUUACAGGAAACAGAAGCUCCUGUACUGCGUUCCACCACGCUACACUCAGUGGUGUAUACACACUGACAGUCACACACACUCAAUGACAAACACACAGACUCACUGAUCUGACACACACUCAUUCAUUGACAGGCACACUGAUAGUCACACACAGACUCAAUGACAAAGAUACUCUCACUGAUUUGACAGACACUCACAAACACACACUGACAGACACACAUACACUGCCACACUCAUACACUCACAUGCAGUACUCAUACAAGCACUCACAGACACACUCACUCACAGACACACAUACUCAUGCACACACUCAGUCACUCACAGGCACUCAGGCACACAUACAGACACACACACACUCAAUCACAGACAGUCACUCACAGACACGCAUACACACACUCACUAAUUAUUUUAAGAAAUAAACAUUUUCCAUCCAGCCUCCCUACCUGGAGAGCUGGUGUGGAUGAUGAAUCAUUCCCUGGGGUCCAGUGGGGCUGUGCUGUGAUCAGACGCGGCGAGGGAGCUCUAAUCUCCACGCUCUGCUCCCUCGCGCGCUGCCUUCUGAUACCGCGGGAGCCGGAAUAUGACGUCAUAUUCCGGCUCCUGCGGCAUCAGCAGGCAGCGCGCGAGGGAGCAGAGCGUGGAGAUUAGAGCUCCCUCGCCGCGUCUGAUCACAGCACUGCCGCACGCCGUGCCGGGGAUCCAGAAGGUGGCCUGGCAGGAGGGAGAGCUUCCCUCCUGCCGGUCACUGAAAUCUUGCUCCCCCGGAGCCGGUGCGCCCUAAGGCGGCCGCCUGUGCUGCCUUAUGGACGCGCCGGCCCUGACUCUCUGUCCCAGGGACACUGCGAGCACAGCGGCAACCUGCCUGCCAAUACAAUGAAUCGGCCCUGCUAACUGUACAGAGCUGUGUGGCUGCUCAGUGCGGCUGAUGCUCUCCAUGGACACUGUCACACUGGCAAUGUCUUGGCUGGCAGAGUUAGCCAUUACUGUAAGAGACACAAUCCUCAUACUGUACCUCCCAAGUGUCCCUGUGUAGGAGAGACAGUACCUUAUUUGGGGCUCAAAUCUCUGUCCCUCUCAUCUAGGAGCUCCAUAUUGUCCACGGUAAUAAUACAGCAAUGUGUCUAUAAAGGGGCAUUUCAGCUCAUUAAAGUGAUCUGGGUGCAGUGUCCCUGUCCCUCUUAUUCCUGCAAUGUAAAAACGUUGCAGUUUCAGAGAAUCUGCAAUGUUUACAUUGCCGCACUAAUACCGCCACUAGAGGCGAUUCCUGAAGAUUACCGGACUCUGGGUCCCUAAAUGACACCGGACGUCUUCACACUCUUGAGUACACACAGUGUCAGUGAAAUUCCCAUAAGAAAGCAUUGUGUCAAUACGUUCCUAUGGGAAGGGCCUAAUGCGCUCGAUGCACAUAUAUAAGAUCCCCCUAUCAGAUGACAUUGGGGAAUUGGGUGAGUAAAUGUUUUUAAUUUUAAACCUUAAUGUCCCAUGGGAGGGAGGUGUGCGCGAGGUAGGUGGGGGCCAGUGGGCACUGUAGUGUUAGUAAUACACUUUGUAUUCCUAACACUAUAGAAUCCAACCCCUUAAGGACCAAACUUCUGGAAUAAAAGGGAAUCAUGACAUGUCACACAUGUCAUGUGUCCUUAAGGGGUUAAGCUACAACAAAUGCGUUUAGAAACCAGACUGUUGAAAUAAGAUACGUCAUUUUUAUAAAUGAUUAGUAAGCCACUUAAAAUUUAUCACAACAGUCCCACCUCUGACCACACCCCUAAAAUUAAAGUAUCCCUCUUUGUCCAUUUUUGGAGAGUCACAGCAAGGAGUUGUCACGAGGGCUUCAUAUACAAAGUAAUUUAAUGGGACUCUCCAAGCAGUGGUGGAACUAAUGUAGAUGAGGCCUAGGUGCAAGAAAUAUUUUUGGACUCCCCACUAGUGCAAGGGUGGCCAAAAGGUAGAUCCCCAUCUGUCAUACAACUCCCAUGUUGCUAUGUCAGCUGGGGAUAUAUAUCAUUUGCAUAUCCUUGCAGGGCUGUCAUUGUGAACCGUGUUUGUGCAUUUGUGGAGUAUGGGUGUAUUUGUAUAUACGAUUGCCAUUGGAAUACAAUCAUUCUAUGUAGUGUUUGAAUGUAGUGUUAGAUUUUAAAUGCAGUGUGUGUUUUUUUUUUUUGUGUGUAGUAUAGGUGUUUAAUUGAAGGGGUGUUUUCAUAUAAUCUUGGCAUUUGUACGCCUCAAGGACGGUGGGGCAUUCUAUACUGUUCUACACAAAUUGGGCUUAAAAGCCUAUAGCAUUGAAAGGUCUGCAUAUUUGAUGUGAUUAGGGUUAAAUACCUGCUCACACCAGGGAGACCCAAGUAUUACUGGAUACAUCCCCUUGUCUGCUGGGGCAUUUUUUUUUUUUUUUGUAACCCCAGACUUUAGAUGAGUUGUUUUCAGCACUUAUUUUAUUUUGCAGCAUAAAUUUGUUUAUUCUGUUAUGUAUACUUUUGAUUUUUUUUUUUUUUAUUGUUUUUUAAUUUAAUUUUUCUUUCUUUUCAUUAUUUAUCACUUAAAUAUAUUUUUAAAUAAAGGUUCAGUUUUAAGACUGUCAAGCUAUGGAUGAACUAAUAGAUUUGUCAGACAGAUAUGAACAAAUCUGUCCCUACAUCCAUGUAUCGACAGGCACUUGAUUUGUUCAGGGAAGCUCGAAUAGACCUGUGCACAAGUCUACACAUUUAUGUUUUUUUUUUUGCAGAAACACCUAAAACUAAAAAUGUAUCUUAACAAAUAAAAACAAAAAAACCCUGUGCUUGAGAUUUGCAUUGUAGCAGGGAGGGAGGAAGGGGACAUCUACACUACCUCUUCCAGCUUUCCUGGGAUGAUAGAGAAGCUCAAUUCGUCCAUUGCCAUUGAUGACGGAUGUAAAAUAUGCACAGAAUUGACAUUAGGAAGUCACAUGUGCCAGGGGUGUAACUGGAUUUAGUUACAGUAAAUGAUCAUACAUUCUGGCAGGUCCUGUUCUAGCAAGCUAAUGCCUGCUCUUACCACUUACAUGGGAAAUCCAUCCUCUCGGGCCUGUGUGCAGUGCAAGGUUAAAUAGGGGCCUAGAGUGAUGCACUUGUGAUAGAGGGGAAUUCAAAAACCAGAUAGCUCCAGUAUAACUAAAUCCCCAUUAUUUUUAACAAUUCGGGUGUUUUAGAAAAAUAAAUUGUCACUUUACAAAGACUCCUGACUAUGACAUUGCCGGUGUGGGCACAAUGACCAUGGGAGGGCAGGGAGAGGUAAGACAAUGAGCCAAAGUCAGCACCGCAUUCUUGCGCAUGCACAAUAGUACAGCAUUAAGGUCUACGGAAAAUCCUGCGAAACUGCAGGAUUUAAGAUAGAAAGAGCUGAACUUCUCUUUAGCAGUUUCCUGUCCUGUAUGCUUUUCACACACAAAAAAUAAUCUACAGAGUAUAAAUCUGCUCCACAAUAUUGGCUAAAGUGUUUAUUUACAUCUGAAAUAUGAAAUACCAAAUAUAAUGUUAAAUCCUAUUCCAUUAUUUGCAGAAUCUAGUGUAAUUGCAAAAUUAGCUACCACGGAUAACUUUUUUUAUUUUUUUAUUUCUUAUUACACAUAAAAGUUGUACCGAGUUAUUUACUAAAUCCAUAAUUUGAUAAUUCAAAAUGAAUUUAAAGGGACACUAUAGUCACAAGAACAACUACAGCUUGUUGUAUUUGUUUUGGUGAGUAUAAUUAUUCCCUUCAGGCUUAUUGCAGUAAACACUGUAUUUUCAUAGAAAAAUACAGUGUUUACUUUACAGUCUAGGCCAGGGGCAGGCAACCAUUUAGUAUUACUGUGCCAAAACAAGAUCUUUAAUUUCCCUGGUAUGCCCAUCAUAUUUUUUAAAGUAUGGUUUACCUAUGAAUGUGUGUUGUGUAUGGGGGCUGCUUGUGGAAUUCUGUGUGGAUGAUAUGUCACAUAGUGUGUUUAGUGGUGUGUGUGUGUGUAUGGGGCUGCUUGUGGUAUUGCAUGUGAGAGGCUGCUUUUGGGUUUGUUUGCGUGUAUUAUCAGUAGUUUUGUGUGAUCUGUAUGUGUGUUUGUGAUGUUUGCAUUAUUUGUAUGAGGGGAAGGCUUAUUCUGCAGCCUUGUGUAUCAGUGUGGGUGGCUUCCUUGGGGUCCAGUUGGGACCGGACGGGCCAGGUACAGCUCAAGGGCAGGAACUACGAAAGCUGCUGUUGGCUGCUCUACACCAGUAUGGAUUCCCGUUCACAAGUGCUGGGUGUCUAAGUGCUGCAACGCGUAAAUUAAGGAUUGUUCCUCACCACCUUUUUGCACUAGCACAUAUGAGGUUUCACUGGGACUUCUGAUUGGCUCUAGCAGCCUCGAGUGUCAUAGGUUGCUGACCCCUGGUUUAGGCAUACUACGACUGGCCAAUCAUCAGAUGGCUACUAGAGGUGCUUCCUGACAUUCUGUGUCUCCACCCUCUGCGUGGAGACACUUAACUUUCCUCAUAGAGAUGCAUUGAUUCGGUGCAUCUCUAUGAGGAGAUGCUGAUUGGCCAGGGCUGUGUUUGGCUUGUGCUGGAUCUGCCCAUGAUAUGCCUCCUUGACAAGCUCAGCCAAUUAAAUGCUUUCCUAUGGGAAAGCAUUGUGACUGGCUUUGAACAACACUUCUAAUGAUGUCAGCCAAAGAAGCUGAUCAGGGACAGACACAGCAGCAGCAGUCUGGAAUAAAAGUAAGAUUUUACUACAUUUGUGGAGGGAGGGGGGAUACGUAGUGUUUUUACUAUACACCAACAUGUAUUCCUGACCCUAUAGUGUUCCUUUAACCCCUUAAGGACACAUGACAUGUAACAUGUCAUGAUUCCCCUUUAUUCCAGAAGUUUGGUCCUUAAGGGGUUAAAGUGAAUUUCAAAUUCAAGGCCAAAGUAGCUGAAAUGGAAGCAUAAAUUUGGAAUUUACUUUGAAUAUCCCUUUAACAAAUAACCUUGAUUCUUUUCCUUUCGGGUCAAUAGACAGAUUGGGUAGACAUGGGAUUUGAUAUUUAUAAAUAGUAUGUGACACUUGACAAACGUGUUUUCACCUGUAUUUUCAUCUGCAGGUGGACUCACACUAUUGCCCCAGCUGCUUGGAGAAUAUGCCAUCGGCUGAGGCCAAACUUAAAAAAAACAGGUUUGUUCUCACUUGUUUGUCUCUGUCUGUAUCUUAAGCACUAUGCAUGCUUCAUGAAUAAUGGUUACUAACUUCUUCUGAAAGUGGUUCCAUCUGGCAUUCUUCCAAUGUUGAUUUAAUUCAUUAUAAUUCAUUGGUUGUAUAAACAUACUUAUUUGUCAUAUGGCACAUAUUAUUAGCCUACUAAACACUUAGUUGGACUAAGAGAAACGUUUCUCUCAGUGCAGCAUAUCUUGGAUCCUACAUGUACUAUGAAGGCACUGCCAAGAAGUGUCAAAGCUGUGUGAGAAACCUCUUAGUUCAACAUUACACAAGUCUACGCUUACUCCACCUGUUACUGCUCUAAUUACUAAUGCAUGACUGAGAGCACCAGUAUGUGAUGUGUUUUGGAAAUAGAGUGAUGAUAGUACCUGUAUCCCAAGAAGUAAAACAAUCUGUGGGUCUUUUUUGGUUUGUGUGUUUUAUUUUUUUUGUUUUAUUUUUAUUUUUGGGAAGGGAGGGGGGAGGAAAGCUUUGGUUGGACCAUUAUACCCAGCUCAGAGCACAUGCAUGCUUUGAGUCUGCAAUGAAGGAGGGGAGGGUGGAAAAAUAAAUUAACGAUUGGGAUAAGAAAUGCAUGAGGGCUGCAGGCAAGGGAGGGGAGACGCGAGCAUUUCCUUGCAGGUAGAGAAGUAUUUUCCCAGCGUGCAGUUCGUGCCGACGACAGAUGAAAAAUAUGCGCAGAAUUGACAUUUGGGGUGUAACAUGGGGGUGUAAUUGCCCACUGGCACACCAUUGCAAAUAAAGCUGAAACAAAGCUGCACAUCCAGGCUUCUGUCACCAUGACCACUUCAAAAAGCAGAAGUGGUCAUGGUGGUUGGAGUAACCCUUUUUAAGCUUGAGGGUAGGAGGACCAGGAUAGAAAAUGUUACUCUAACCAAAAUUUCUUAAAACAGUUUGUUUUUGUUUUUUUUGGGGGUGGGAGGGGGGGUAACCCUUUAAAAGGACACUAUAGGUACUGUAACUGCUUAAUCUCACUAAGCUGAUUAUAGUGUUGUGGGGACCCUGGUGCUGUCUUUGCAUGAAGCAUUUAACCAUUUUUAAUAUUUUAGUGCUAAACAAGUCUUCAGCAGCACAGCAUCACCUAUGUACUGCUUUUGCUAAUGAAGAAGCAGCAAUAGAUGGCUGUGAUUUGCCGAGAGUGUUCGCUUUAAGUCUAUAACCGCACUCAUUGCUGGUAUGAAUCCUUCUGGCUAGAAGGAAGUUUGUAAUCUCUGCCAAAGCCAUACUUUCAGUGAAGGCCGGGUUGUGUGUGGCCAGGGCCCCUAUUUACUGUUCAGAAACGUUUUUAACACUGAAUGGAGGAACAGUGUCAGAGGACUCCAGGCACUCUGCAACCAAUUCAAUGAGAUUAAAUGGUUCUAGUGUCCACAGUGUCCCUUUAACCGCAGAAAGGAAUGCCACCAUUUGACAUUAUGCCAAGCUAACAUUAGAAGCUCUUUUACAUCUUAUUAAUAAAGGUCUGUAGUUGUUGACCGCUAGCAACAUUAGUAAUGCAGUUUAGGUAAAGCAUGGUAGAAUGGUGCAAGGAUUGUGUUAUGAUGUCCUUAAAUUAUUUGCUACUUAUGUUGUCUAACAGAUGUGCCAACUGUUUUGACUGUCCCUGCUGCAUGCAUACCCUAUCCACCCGGGCAACUAGCAUCCCUGCACCUCUUCCGGAUGACCCUGCAAAAACCACCAUGAAGAAAGCUUAUUACCUAGCUUGUGGCUUUUGCCGUUGGACCUCCAGAGAUGUUGGUAUGGCUGACAAGUCAGUUGGUAUGUAUUUUGCAUUGUAUAUGGUCCUUUUUGAGAUGGGGAGGGUCUGUGUUAAGACAAAGGUGGAUUGUAUUAGCAAGAUGAUUAUACUUUAAAUUAAAGUAGCUCUGUCCCCUAUUGGGGGUCUUUGCAUAUUUUAAAGAGAAAGUGACACCUCCACUUUGUGUAUGAUUGCCAGGCCAUUAAGCUAAAGUUAGAUAUAAUUACCUAACUCACCUAUUGGCAUCGCCAACUUCUUUCCUUAGUUCCUGGCACUUAAUCCGUCUGCAAGCCAUAACACUACUCUUGUGCAAGUGUUCAACACGGGUCUUUGGAUGGUUCUCUGAUACCCUAGGAUCAUCCAUAGACCAACUCGCAAGAUGUGCUUGAAGAUAUUAGUCUCCCACAGCCAUCACUAGUGAUGGCUUUAAGAAGAACAAAAGUUGACAUCAGAAGUUCCCUUUCUUUGACUUACAUCUCUUCAUUGCUUUAUAAUUUCAAUAUAAUUCCAAAUCAGUUAGCAUUAUAUUUUACAAAGAUUUUAUGAAUUUAAAUAUUUACAAAGUGGCAGAGAUGACACUGCUGAUUUUCAAGUUUAGUUUGUAUCCCUGAGCAUAUAUCUAUUACUGCUUUCAGAAGUCUGUGUACUAUACCAAGUAGCAAGCGGCCAUGAAUGUAUCCUCCUCCACGGGGGUGGGGUGAGGGGGGGGGAGAAUAAUUAGUGCUUGCGUGCGGCUUGGAGCCGUGAGCAAAAAGCGGCUGUCUUUCCACUCCACCUUCUCUAGUAGGCCUCAAUCCGCCGUCACGGAUACUCCGGGUGUCAGAUUUGAUAUCCACAGGUGCGUGACGGCUUCCCAGCCUGUAGGGCUCCUUUUCGUAAGUUUCCCAGCACUUCAGCCCGAGAUAUCAUGCGGAUAGUGUCAGUGUAGCAGGUGCUCAUGCAAGGCACGUUUUGCUUGCUCGCUGGUCAGGCUCUGCCCCCUUUCUUAUUUAAUAUUAACCUCUUAAUGACCAAUCUUCUGGAAUAAAAGGGAAUCAUGACAUGUCACACAUGUCAUGUGUCCUUAAGGGGUUAAAGGACCACCUCGGCUGAAGUGGUCUGCGUGCCAGGUCCAGCUAUGUUUACAUUAGGAUUAAUCCAGCCUCUAGUGGCAGUCUCUUUGACAGCCGCUAGAGGCGCUUCCGCGCUUUUCACCGUGACGCUGCCAUCCAUGGGAAAGCAUUGAGAAAUGCUUGCCUAUGGACUGACUGUGCGCGUGGCUCUUGCCGCGCAUGCGCAUUCAGCGGAUGACGUCAGAAAUGGGAGGAGAGUCCCCACGCCGAGGGUGCCCGGCGCUGGAGAAAGGUAAGAAUUUAACCCCUUCCUCCUCCUUCAGCCCGGCGGGAGUGGGACCCUGAGGGUGGGGGGGACGCAAAGACCUUAUAGAGCCAGGAAAAUGAGUUUGUUUUCCUGGCACUAUAGUGGUCCUUUAAAGGAUCACUAUAGUCCACAUAUAAAAGCAAGAAAGACCGGUCCCCCAGCGCCGAGCUCCCUGCCAGGCCACGCCUCCUUUUUCGUCAAAAUGAUGAAAUUGCAGGGCUCAAUCCGAUGCUUCUCUUUGAGUCAUCUCUCUCUGGUGCGCAUCCGCAGCUUCGUGCUGCACCAAUCCAGUUCUUCAUAGAGCGGCAUUGAAUGCCACUCUAUGAAAAAAACGGAGCGCUCUACCGUGCAGUAUGCGCGUUCGCGAACUGACUUUCAGCUUGCUGUCUAUGCCCGCCCCCCUCCUAACCCAAAGUAUGCAAACACACUAUAUAUAUAUAUAUAUAUAUAUGUAUAUGUGUGUGUGUGUAUAUAUUGAUCUCUAUAGUGUUUGCAUACAAACACACGCUGUAAAUAAAUAUUGUUAAACAUAUAUACACACACACACUCACUCCAUCUAUCACUUUUUUUUUUUAAUCUUACUCUUUCUAUAUCUCUAUCUCUAUCUAUUUGUAUCUAUCCGUUUCUAUCUCUAUCUGUUUCUCCCUCUCCCUAGGCACAUUACAACCGAUCACCAUUGCACCCAAUUACAAAGUUACAAAUGUACACAGCAGAGAAGGAGCUCAAUUGAACCAAACAGUCCAUAUUUAGGGGCGUAAAUCUUGUGUACUGCAAGUGUGGAAGUCAGCAGUAGCAUUGUGAUGGCUCCACGUAGAUGUUGUGAAUCUUGUAUGUGAUGAAAAAUGUGUGUUUAGUGUUUGGAAUUCCUUAAUUUCCCUCUGAGAGGGUUUGUGUUGUUUUGUAGCCUCUUUCAGAUUAUAUAGCGAUGCAUAGAUUUUAGACAAUUUGUUUGCUAUAUUGGUUGGAUUGGUUACUUUUUCCCCUUUCUCUGACAUCAGAAAUGGUAUUUUGAUUUGCACAUAUUUUCCUUUAAUAAUUUACCCACCCUAUUCCCCUGUGUAUAAAAGAGUCUGCGUUCUGUGAUAUGCAUUUGAAAGGCAUCUAGCCAUAAUAUUAUGAAGCUGAAUUUCUAGUUGCAUAUGCCUUUUCCUCCUUGCACUUAUUUCUAUUAGUUUGCCUCUCAUGGUGCAUUACAGGCCAACCAAAUGGAUGUUUUUGGAAGCUGACUGUUUGGUGUUGUGGAAAAAAAGAUGUCAAUAAGGCCUUAAGUCUACCGUACUAGCAGUGCUGUAGGAAAACCCCACUGAUAUGGGAUGCCUUUGUUUCUCAGAGUUUUAGUGAUCCCUUACGUCUGGCCAUUGUCACCGCUAACAGAUCCAGUUGAAAAGCCAGCUCUCUAUAUGGGUCUGGUAGGAUUCCUAAGGCAUCCACAGAUUCAUUCAUGAGAAUACUCAAAUGGUACCUUCAGGAAAACAAAUGGUAGUCAUCCUGCUGCUUUUGUUAGCUUGGUGAGAUGUUUUUCUUGACCUAGUACAUUAUGCAGUGCUCCCAUUGGAAAUAAUGUAACCAGAUUGGAGAGAGCAGUGCACACACAAAAGGGGGGGAUACUUUUACCAGGGUGCUCCAGAUAGGGAGGGCCAGUUCCCUAAAUAUCCAAUGGAAAUAAAGUUCAAAAUGCCCAGGCACACAAGGUAAUUUCUUAUAGAAGGCAGUCUUUAUUUGGAAUCCGGAAAAUAAAAAAAUAAAAAACCAUUUUGGCUCCUACACGAGCCUGGACAAAGAAACAUUUUUUAUUUUAUUUAUUUUUUUAAUUUCCUGAUUCGAAAUAAUGAUUUCCUUCCAGAAGAAAAUAUCUGGUGUGCCUGGGCAUAUUGUACUUUUUGUGCCAUUGGGAAAAAUGGGAGGGUUAGAACUACAAAAAAAAUUAUUUUUUUCAUGUUCUUAUAGAAUCUGCAGGAAUUGAUGUAGUUCGCAGAAAUGUAUUUUCCACCCUAUUUUAGUUACCUACAUGAUGCAUUCAAAAGGUGUCCACUCAUAUCUGAAACAUUUAUUCUUUGUAUAUUAUUCUGUUGUGCAUAACAUGAAGUUCUAAACAAUGGUUAAAGGGAUACUCCAGACCCUAACGCACUUCAUCUUGCUGAAAUGCUUUGUGAAAAGUGUAAAAAAAAUAGGGCUGGUUUAGACGAGGAGGGCUUCCAAAGACUUUUGCAAGCUGUUUUUAGAUCUACCCUAAAUUAAUUUAAAAAAAAAAAUUAAAUGUUGGUGUAUCUACUAAACAGUAACUGUUAUUUUGGCAGUGGAGUGUCCUUUAAAUGUAAUUGUGCUUUGUUUUACAGCAAGUGGUGGUUGGCAGGAGCCAGAGAAUCCACACACCCAGAGGGUAAGCAUUUGGGAGAAACAAUUGAUAUAAGUGCUUAGGUGUUGGACAUCUGACAUUGGGUCCUCCAGGAGCCUAUAAUGCUAAGGAAAACGGGUUUGUUUACCUGGUACUAUAGGAUCCAUUUAACACUGCUGACCAACGGUCCUCAGAAAUGUCAAUACUUUGAAUUACAGGGUUUUUACACCCAAAACACCAUAUUAACAUGUAGUGAUAUUGCUUCUUAGUGUCCCUUUAACCCCCUUAGUGACCUCGGACGUACCUGAUACCAGAUCUCUUCCAGUCUCUCUGAUGGUAUUGCAGCGAUGCCUCGAUGUCGGGGCAUCCUGCAAUACGCCCCCUCACUGCCGUGCCGCCGGGUGAUCGCUCACUCGGGUUGCGCCAGGCAGUGAGGCAGAGCAUCAGAAGCCAUCAGGCAGGCUUCCGAUGCUCUGUCUGUUAUUGUGUAUAUGUUAUAAAUAAUUCAUUUAAAAAAAAAAAAAAAACUAUGUAAUUUUAUUCUAACUGUAUUUUGAUAUUAGUGUGUGUGUGUAUCUCAAAAUACACUUAGAAUGAAAAUAUAUAUAUAUAUAUAUAUAUAUAUAUAUAUAUAUACACACACACACACAUGUCCAUAUACAUAAUUUCAAAAAUAUACACGUAGACAAUAAAUAAAUAUGUAUAUAUAUUUAAAUUCUAUGUGCAUAUUUAUUUAAUAUUUUUAAAGAAUUAAGUAAUUUUAUUGAUUGCAUUUUGGGGGACCUGCCUGAUAACAGGCAGAAAGUCCAGAGAAUUUAAUUUGCUAGCUUAAAACCAGUAAACCUAUCACAGCGAUGAUAUUGUCAGUGAAAGUGAAAUUUUUUGCAUUUUUCACACACAAACGGCACUUUCACAGAUGUUAUAAUUAUUGUGAUACAUUUUACCUUUGACACCGUAUGGUAGCCCAGGAAUGAGAAUUAUCCAGAUGAUUGCAUACCAUUUGCAAAAGUAGACAACCCAAGUUAUUGCAAAUGGGGUAUGUCCAGUCUUUUUUAGUAGCCACUUAGUCACAAACACUGGCCAAAGUUAGCGUUCAUAAUAGUUUUUUGCAUUUUAAACACACAAACAAAUAUAAAUGCUAACUUUGGCAAAAGUAUGUGACUAAGUGGCUACUAAAAAGACUGAACAUACCCCAUAUUGCAUACCCUGGGUUGUCUACUUUAAAAAAUAAAAAAUAAAAAAAAAAUGUACAUGUGAGAUGUGAUUCAGAGAUUUAUGACAGAUAACAAUGUUACUAUUGAUAAAUUUAAAAAAUAUAGAUUUUGAAACGGCAAUGUCCUACUUGUACUUAUAGCCCUAUAACUUUCCAAAAAAGCUAAGAACAUGUUAAUUGAGUAUUUCUAAACUCAGGAAAAAAUUUAGAAACUAUUUAGCAUGGGUGUUUUUUGGCGGUUGUAGAUGCGUAACAGAUUUUGGGGGGGGGGGUCAAUGUUGGUUGUUUUUUUACAUUAUUUUGUCAUAUUUUAUAAAAAUGUAUAGUAGGAUAUGAUGAAAAUAAUAGUAUCUUUAGAAAGACCAUUUAAUGUCGAGAAAAACGGUAUAUAAUAUGUGUGGGUACAGUAAAUGAGUAAGAGGAAAAUUACAGCUAAACACAAACACCGCAGAAAUGUAAAAAUAGCCCUGGUCCUGAACAGUAAGAAAAUUGAAUAAGGGGAUGAGGAAUAUCACGUACUGGGCUGCAGUAUUUGCCUAUAUGAGUUUCAGCCUCAUAGGUAAAGUUCCAGCAAGCGGCCUCCACCAAGUGCUCAGCCAUGUUAUUAGUCCUGGGAGAGAGGAGUGUAUAUUGUGUAUGCAAGUGUGUUUAGCUGUGCGAGAAGACAGGUAUAUCAUUUCCUUAGGAGAUGACAACGACCUCAUCAGUGAUCCCCAGGUGAUAGGACUUUGAGACCCCUGUGUUAAACAAAGCUAUCUUCACUCUGAUUUUAGACUUUUGUAGCAAGUAAACACACAACUGUUUGGUCAGUGCUCUAAGCAUAUUUUGGAAAUGGGUAAAAGCCAAGAAACAUUUUGGUGGUGUAUUUACAGUAUUUCUAGGCGAUUGGUACAUUUGAAUGGUUUCACAAACACCAAACAGUGUUUGUGUGUUUACAUGUAGGCAUGUUUUUGUGUGUGUUUCUUUGUACUUAUGCCAUUGGAAUGCAGUGGUAUUUGUAAUGUUGGCUUUUAAAUGCAGGUUUACUUUUUUGUGUAGUUCUGGUGUUUAAAUGAAGGUUUUUUUUGCAUAUAAGUUUGGCAUUUUUAAUACAGGGGUGAGUUUGUAUAUUAUGUUUUGUCUUUGAGUGCAAGAGUGUAUUUGUAUGUAGUGAUUGCUAUUAAAUGCAGGUGUACAUUUGUGUGUAGUGUUGGUGUUUUAGCGAAAGGGUGUGUUUGUAUAUAAUUUUCGCAUCUGAAUGCAAGAGUGUGUUUGUAUAUACACAUACAUAUGCACUGCCACAUACAUAUACACUGACACAAAUAUACACAUAUACCCUAAAACUUACACUGACACAUUUUUUAUAUUUUUAGACAACCUUCUGUUACAUACAUAUUUUUUUUUUUUUUUUGUGCAAGAGGGUUGCUUCCCUGGGGUCCUGUUCAUGGCAGUGUGAGGCUGCAGCCGGGGCUCUCCUUUUUCACCCCCUGGGGGAACCUGUACUGCUGAUUUGAGAGGACCCUGUUCAGAAAUACCCAGUAGGGGUCACUUCAUGCAUGAGCAACACAAUGGGCACCCCUCAGCGUGCAGGCCCCGGUAUAGUUGCACUGCCAGUAGCUCUGCCACAGGGAGCUUAGAUAGCUGCAGGAUAUAGAGCUGUGGAUUUCUAAUUUUAUUUUUCGGAAAUACAUAUUUGUUAAAUAUAGAAUUAAGCAAGCAUAAUAAUAAAAAUCCUGGGAAGUGACACCUCUUUCAACCUCUAUGCAAAUAUUUGGAGCAUAUAAUGCAGAGUGUAUAUCACUCUUUAAAUUGAAGGCUUUUGUUUGUUUAAAAUGAAAGGGUUGCUCCACAUUUUAAUGAAGUUGUCUGGGUCCCAUUAGUGGUCUUUAAGUGACUGCACUUAAGUUAAAAUUGAUGAUCAAAACAAAAGGUCACAUGUGACACUACUUUUUAGUGCUUUGAUAUUAAUAUAUUAUAAUUUAUAAAAAUUCUUCUAAAUUUUCUUUAAAAUUUUUUUUUUUUUUUUUUUGGUAUUCUCUCUAGAUUAACAAAUUGUUGGAGUAUUACCAACAACUGGCACAGAAAGAAAAGAUUGAACGUGACCGAAAGAAAUUAGUGAGACGCCGGAACUACAUGCCUCUGGCAUUUUCUGUAAGUAUGAUUUCAAACCAUAAACAAACGUUUGUGAGAUUUAUUUAAAUAAAUUGUCUGUAUUAACCUGUAAUUUAGACCCUGUACAAGCUGCUUGCAUCUGUUCACAUGGAAUACAUAUAUACAUUUUAAUGAUCAUAAAUGUAAUCUUUAAAGUAUUUUUCUGGAUGGCUGAAGCUUUAUUUCCAAAAUCUAUUUUUCACAAGCAAGUUUGGGUAACAUUUAAUAGGCUUUGUAAGGAAUAGUUCCUCUUCUGUGUCCCUUGGAAUGUGUCUCUAUGUUCUGAUAAACCACAUGUAAAAUAACCUGAGCUUGUUUAAAAACUGUUUCAGAUACUGUUUGCUUUAUAAAAUUUUUACAUAUAAAGUAACAUUAAUUUUUCUCUGUAGAUAUGUAGAUAUGUAGAUAUGUUAUCUUUAAUUGUGCUCACUUUAACAUGCAUAUAUGGAGAUUAGCCAGACUAUUAUUAAAAAAAAAAAAAAUCCUUGUGCUGUUGUCUUUUCUUACUGUCCCUUUGUUUUGCCUUAAAUGCACUCUACGGGUACAUUUUGGGAAUGCUUCACAGCAACACACUAUUCAUGUGGCGGUAAGUUAUAGGCUUUGUUUUUUUGUUGUUGCUGUCACUUAACCCAUCUUCAUACCCAUUCGCUAAGCCUUUAAACUACUGAUGGCGUUGGCUUUAAAACUGCAUUCUUUUUUCAUUCUUUAGUUUUGUAGUGCAUAGUACAACAGAUAAACGUGCAUUACAUUUCAAAAGGGUAGAUACAGCAGUGUAGAGUAACACUCAAGGUAUGAAAUGCUAGUAAGACUGCACUAUUCAUAAUAGAAGUUGGAGACUAAAGCAACAUAGGUCUGGCAUUGCAAGCAAGAAUAAAUAGGUACAUGCUAUAGAGAACUAUGGAUGGUUUUAAAAGACAAGAACCAUUGGGUACAAAGAUUACAUCUCUGCAGAUAAGCAAUAAGAUCACAAGAAUAGGGGUUAACAUGAGCCAGUGAGAACAAUAUGCAAAAUCAUGAUGGCAUCUGUGAAACAGUUAAGCUGCAAGUAAGACAUGUGUAACACCUAACCGAUUCCUAAAGCUGGCGAGUCCCAGCCUGUACCAUCGUCUGUUGUCUUAACGAGGCCUCUGCUCUUAGACUGAAAAAUUCCACCCCAUGGAGACAAUAUUUAUUCUUUGCCGAAGUUCAUAUCCACAGUCUUCCAACUGGGUGCAGUUGGUAGGUGAAGUGAAGGGCUUCCGAAUCACACUGGACGUGAAGAACAUUGAUUCUCCACUGUCGGGGUGCUUGGUAGUGAGUUUGCAGCUUGGAUCAGUGAAGAUCAGUCCUCUGUGGCGGCCUCAUAAGGCGACUCUUUGGGUACACAUGGGGGAUAUUGAACCAAACGGCGUCAUUCUGCCGGACGGCUCUGCAAUUCUGACUAAAGGAGUGGAGGGGAGUCCACUGUCAGUGCAUCGGCCGGACGGUGUCGCAUAUGCGAUCAAAUGCUUUGAGUUAUGUUUUCCUGUGUGUGGGUGACCCACUGCAGCAGAUUCUCAGGAGUCUGCAGUUUGGCUUCAAAACUACAUUUAUCAAUGCAGGUUCCUCUCUGGUUACUCAAACAUAAAGACAGAAUGUUGUAUCUGUAGCUAAAAUUUAGUAGUGCUGUUUUGUUUAUCCAGUUCAAUAUCAACCCUACGCAAUUGACUCUCCAUUGAUUAUUGGCAGGAUAAUGUGGUGUUGAGUUGCCACAGAGUUCUGCUAUUAUUGUUCCUUGAAUAGGUAUUUCAUUUACAAAAUUCAAUUUCUGAUUAUGCACAAAUUGCCGGGUAAAUUUUAAUUAAUUCCUCUAAUUUGAAAAAAAAGGUGUGUGGUGUUUUUACCUCUGCAUUCAUUCAUUUUUCUUUUAAUGCAUCUUCAUCAAGCUUUCAUUAGCUAUCUUAAAAUAAAUAAGCAGAUGAUUAAUCUACUUUUGUUCCAAAAGGAAAAGUAUGGCCGUGGAACAAGACUCCAGCGUCAAAGACCUGGCGCUCCAAUUGCUCCCCUGGCUGGUUUGACGUAAGUGAUUUGUGGUACUUGACUAGUAAACAGACUAUAUUGUAGGAUCCUAUUUAGAAUAGAAAAUGCUUUACCCAAAUAGGAAUAACUGGAAGAAUUGCUAAAAUUGCAACCAUGAAAAAUAAGCUGUUAAUUGAAACAUCUGACUGUAUUUACCUGGCAAGGUUAAAAGAAUAUCCAGUACAGAUUUGGAUUUGAAUGAAAACAAAUCCCAAUCUGAAGGUAUUUCCGAUUGUGCCUCACACUUUGUGACACAUUUGCAAAGUCUUUUUUUAUUUUUUUCUCAAGAGCCUGUUUGCAUUAUUGCAGGAGAAAUUUUAUUUUUCAAGACUGAUUAUACAAAUAUAUAUGCAUCAAAUGUUUUCCUUUUUGCACAAAUGAGUUAAAUACAAUCCUAAAAACAGUGCAGCCAUAAUAUUUUUUUAUUUUUUUUACUUAAGAGCAAGGUUAACACCAUUUGACUAUGUAUUACUCUGCCAUCUCGGUGACCAUUAAAGAACAGUCACCUCUACAACCUUUUUUUUUUGUUUUUUAAGCAAUAUAAUAAUAAUCGUGUCAUCAAUAUUGAAUGGAAAUAUUUUUAUUUUUUUCCUUAAUGUAGUAUAUGUAAAAAAUAAUUGAGAAACUCAUCCCGACCAUAGACUGUUAGUUUUCAAACACUGUCCAGGUAAUGGUGUAUGUAUAUAGCAUCACAUUAUUUUCUUAUUUUAAUUGUACCCACUUCCAAAUGUUGUAUAAUUGUAAUUUCAGUCUCAAAGAAGGUGAAGACCAGAAGGAAAUGAAAAUCGAACCUGCUCAGGCUGUAGAUGAAGUGGAACCUUUACCAGAAGACUAUUAUACCAGGCCCAUCAAUUUAACAGAAGGUAAUAGUUCCUUAUUGUAUAGAAUCUUUUAGUCCUGUUUUUUUUUUUUACUUUUGAUUUAAACUUUUGACCAGUCAGUUCCUUUUGCUAUUGUACAAUUUAUUCCGAAGUGGCAGACAGAACACAUUUUCUUUUCUUUUUUUUUUUUUUUCUUCAGUUACAACCCUGGACCAGCGCCUCCUGCAGCCUGAUUUUCAGCCUAUAUGUGCCUCACAACUGCAUCCUCGACACAAACAUCUCUUGAUUAAGCGGUCUCUUCGAUGCCGGGUUGGUAAAAUGCAGAGAUUUGUUUUGGUACACAUGCCCAUCUAUUUCAGUGAUUGCAAUGUUUUUAUUUUUAUUUCUGCCAGAAAUGUGAACAUAAUCUGAGCAAGCCAGAAUUCAAUCCUACUUCCAUCAAGUUCAAGAUUCAGCUGGUUGCUCUGUGAGUCGUUAUAUCAUCAUCAUUAUCAAUGCACAUAAAUGUUACUUUUCAAGAGUAUAGUAUUUUUAAAUUUAGGGUAGAAAACAAAGAUGGUCAUAUACUCUUUCCUUUUGUGCAUGAAUAAAGGGAUACAGUCCUAGAAAGGAGCUUUGUUCCAGUUUUUUUUUUUUUUUUCUUUUUUCAUUUUGGGGGGCUGAUAUCUUUAAAUGUUAGACAGGGCCAUAUAUUUACUUAAUUUAUAGGCACGUAUAUUUACUUCAUUUUGUACAGUUUUAAGUUAAUUUUGUGGCCAGAGUAAAGAUGGGCAUUUUGCCACACUCCCUAUCCCCCCAAUUACCUGUACAUAAAAGGGUUAGGUUACUGCUACAAUAGAACGAUGAGCCCUCCAUGCUCCGCUCAAACUAUGCAAAGGUCAUUAGUACUGAUGAUCCUCUGGCCAAUCCAGUUCUCAUUGAGAAUCAGGCAGUGUUAGCUGCAUAGUGCCUGCAGUAUUUCUCUUAGAGGAGCAUUGAAUCUGUUUCAUUUUUAUUUUAUUUUUAUUUUCUAUGAGUAACAUUGCCUUCCGUUUUUGUAACAGCUGAGAGUACAUUUUAGGACUCUUAUCAAAGUGCCGAUUUCUUUUGAAAUCAGUACAUUCAUGAUGUAAAUGCUAAUCUUGGGUAUUAACCCUAAAAUGUGCAGAUAAGGAUAAACUAGUGGCAGCUUAAAAAGCUUACAUAUGCACCCUUCUAAUGGACUGAGUGUUUAUAAUUUAUUUGUGUAGGAGCUACAUUCCAGAGGUGAGGAUUAUGUCCAUUCCAAACCUACGCCAUAUGAAGGUAAGUAAUACUGCUGUAGGAGCAUGCAUGUAUUUAGCAUUUACGUUAUUAAAGGUACACUAUAGGCACCAGAACAAAUACAGCUUAAUGUAGUUGUUCUUGUGUCUCCUGCCUAUCCCUGCAGGAUUUUUAUUUCAAACCCAGCAUUUUGGAGUAAAGGCAGUGUUUACAUUACUACCUAGUAACACCUCUAGUGACAAUUACGCAGAUGGCCACUAGAGGUGCUUUCUGGGUUAGUGCUGCACAAUGUUCGGAGUCUCCACGAUCUGCAUGGAGGUGCUGAAUGUUCCUCAAAGAGAUGUAUUGAUUCAUUGCAUUUCUAUGAGGAGAUUCUGACUGGUGCAGCAUUUUGUUGCACAUGUGCAAUAGCCCCCCUGGUGCUUUCCUAUGGGAAAGCAUUGGAUUGGUCGAGAUCAUAAAGUUUGUUCUCAGCCAAGGAGGCAGAACGAGGGCAAGGCCAGCCGCGAUGGACCCACGUGUCACUAGGAAAAGGUGAAUGUAACACCGUUUUUACUGUAGGGCACCUGAGCUGACCACCUAAACGGCGCUGAUAGAACUAUAGUGUCAGGAAUACAUGUUUGUAUUCCUGACAUUAGUGUUUCUUUAACAUGGCGAGUUAACUGCACUGGUGGGCUUGUGACGGUAAGUGAUCUUUGUUUUUGGUCAGCUUCUGGACCAUAAUUACCAGGGACAACCUCACAAAUAUUAUUACAAGUCCAGUGGGUCGUGGAGAGGAAUCUUUCAUGGCUAUUUUGCUGCAAAUAAAAUACAAUAAAAACUCAGGGCUCAUAGUAACAUAGUUUUAAUCCAAGUUUGCUUUAUAUGUCCAUUCCAUUUGUCAGUGGUAAAUUAGGAUCUGGUCUAUAUAAAAACAUAUAUUCAUUUGUUUUUUUCAAAGAGAGCAUGCUUGUCAUAUGAUCUUGUAUUGGAUACUUAGUAGGAGUGUAACAUAGUAUGCGUUUUUUUUUUGUUGGGUUUUUUUCCAUAAUUAUUUCCCUUGAAAUUAACACUCAAAGCACCGUGACCACUACAGCACAUUGUAAUGGCUAUGGUGCCAUAAAUGCCCUGGCGUUAGUAGUUAAACUGUUAUUGUCCUAACUGGGGGGGAAAAUUAUGUACACAAAAAUCUGGGUACUAUUUUUAAAACUGAUUCAUGUAAUUGCCUAAAGGGUCAACCUUUAUAAUGGCAACCAUGCCUCUCCCCCUGAAGUUGCCAGGAAAAAUGUCUUAUUAUAGUGCAGGCUAGGAAACCUUGAUGCUGUAGUAGAGUAGGUCUAAAGUGAUACUCUGCAUAUUUUCUGGUGCAUAUGAUUGUGAGAUUAGCACACAUCAUCUUUUAAAUGGCAAAGGUUGGCUGUAAGCGAACAUUGCCCAAACUGAAUGAGAUUUGCAAUGAUAAUUAUGGGAAUUGAAAUUUAGUUUGCCUGUUUAGUUUUUUUCAAUGAGUGCAUAGUGAAUGUGUUUUACUUCUCUGAUUCAGGAGAGUCAAGUGUUGCUGACUUUGACAAACCCUGUUGAAAAUCUCACUCAUCUGACUCUAAUACCUUGUGAAGAUGGGGAUCCUUAUGACAUUAACAGCACUGCCAAGGUACAUGUUCUGGGUUUAUAAUCUUCUGUUGACAAUUUCUAUUUUAGAUUAAAAGGACACCGCAGACACCAAAAGCACUUUAGUUUGAUGACAUUCCUUGUGUGAAGUUUUUAUUUUUGUAUUUUACAAAAAGUGAAAAUUUCAAUCAAAAUUAGCAGUUUUAUAAAUUAACCUUGUUGCAUCUCCCUGUCUGUCAGACAAUUGAACCAGUUACCUCCUGAUAGUUUAGAGGGACUUUAAAUUCACCAGAACAACUACAGCUCAGAGAAAAGGUAGUGUUGACUUUACAAUUUAGGGACACUUGCUGUGGUCGCCACUCAUACAGCCACUAAAGGUGCUUCCUGGUUCAGUGCUGCAGGAGAUGCUGAUUGGCCAGAGUGGCAUUUGGCUCAACCCCUAGCCAGCCUCCUUAGCUGAGAUGAUCAGAAUUGACAAUCUCAACCAAUCCAAUGUUUUCCUAUGUCAAAGUGUUUUGAUUGGUUGAGAUCAUCAAUUUUGAUGAUUUCAGCUGAAGUUGCGGAUAGGGAGCGCUGGAUAUAAGGAGAGGUUUUACUAGCCUUAAUGGGGGCUAGUAGGCCAAAUAGUUUCACACUAUGUGUUCCUGACCCUAUGGCAUCCUUUUUAACUCAGUGGAGCUAAAUUUAAGAAGGUCCCCUUUUCCUUUUAAAUGAGAAAAGAAAAAAAAAAAAGAUUCCUUGGGCUGAGGGAGAAGGGGAGGUAUUUCAGCAGAUACUGAUAAGAGAUCCAAACUGUUUAUAGAUAAAUCUCUAAAUGGGGGGGAGGGGGAGGGCAUAAGGUAAGCAUUUUUAAUUGCCUAUAUAUCUGCUUAACUGUAUUUUUAUUUGGACAGUGGAGUGGCCCCCUCUUAAGCAUUGUUGUUUUUGUAUUUUAUUUUUUUUAAAGAAAUCCAAGAUGCAUAAUUCUUCAUAUGAGGAACUAAUUUCAUUACAUUUUGGUAACAUAGAUCUGACAUGUAAAUUCACAUAUCGCGUCACACGUAAAAAUGUUGGUUUUUUUUUUUUGGUUUUUUUUUUUGUCAUUAUCAAAAUAUUAUUCAAAAUCCUUACUCUAUAAAAGGUGUGUCUUUGAAACAAACUAAAUUUUAAGGAACACUACAAGAACAAUAACUACAAUCAUUUUUGUGGUUAUGGCUCAGAGUACAUUUGGAGUCCUUCUGUUUUUUUGUUUUUGUGUAACUGUUCAAAUAGCUUGUCAAAAGCCUCACAUCAUUUCCUAACAAUAUCCAAAAAGAAUGACUGAAUACACCAGUGUAUUAGUUUUUUUUUGUGUGAAACUGACAGAAAAAGGACUGCUCCAAAAACCUCAGAGCGCCAUAACCUCUACAAGCAGUAUAACCACUAUAAUUCAAUGUAGAGUCCUGUUAAAGUACAAGACUUUUCUUUCAUGUCAAUAAUAGGAUAUAUAUAAUUAUAUAUUAUAUUUUUAUUUUUUUCAAAUCUAUUUUAACUAGAAAAUAUUUUUAAAUCUUAUUAUUUUAGUUGCCAAUUGAAUGAGUACCUAUUUUAAGUCUAAAGUACUCUGUAGAAUCUGUGAAUAUUGAGUUGUUUAACCACUUAAAUUCAUUGCAGGUAAUUGUGCCUACAAAGGAACUCGUCCUAGCUGGCAAAGAUGCAGCAGCAGAGUAUGAUGAGUUGGCUGAACCACAAGAUUUCCAGGAUGACCCAGAGUAAGCACUUAUGCAUUUUUCUAUUGCUACUUCCUUUUACUAGUGCAAUGAUCCAGAGUUGACUACUGCUUUCAUGUUUGUCCUUCCGCUACAGAAUAGGUUAUCCACAUGUAGUUUGUCAAGAAGACUGUGACCUAUUUAAUAACUGGAAUGCUCUCUAGCUAGAAUUUUUUUUUCUUCUUCAAAUAAAUUUGUAUUUAUUCCACUUUACAUUUUGAAGGAUACUAGCCAUGUAGCAACUGCAACAGUUCUAUCUAAAGUUUAAUGGCUUGCGCUGCAUUUCUUCUGAUGAUGAUAAUUGUGAGAAAUCUUUUAAUAUAAAACUGUGUCUCAAACCUCUGCCUUGUAUUCCCAUCAGUAUUAAUUAAAUACUUUUUUUUUUUUUUUUUAAAUUAUUUCCUGUUUUUGUCUUAUUUUUUUGUCCUCUCUCUUUCCCUCCACAACAGUGUUGUUGCCUUCCGGAAAGCCAAUAAAGUAGGUGUUUUCAUCAAGGUCACACCUCUUCAAGAAAAAGGAAAAGUGAUUGUGAGCUUCAAGCUAAAACAUGACUUCCGAAACCUGGCUGCUCCCAUGAGGCCUGUAGAAGACAACGAGUCCAGCUCUGAGGCAGUGUGUCUUAGUCAUCAUGUUGAGCUUGACCUUGGCCCCGUUGUUCCACCAGCCCUAUGAGAGAAAUCAUAACUGUGUGGACACGGAUUAAUAAGGGGAUGGGAAAGGCUAGCUCUUAACCAGCAAUGAUUGAGGGCAAAUUUGAGGUGAGAUUCAGCAACGCACUUAUAUUUAAAAGUCGGUGCACAGCUGUGAUCUAAUAAAGCACUAAAACUAUGAGAGAAGUAGGUAUGUGGAGAAAGCUGUUGCCUUGUCUGUUUACUAUGAUUUAUCACUGAAGCGCUUAGGACAUGACUAGUGUACCUUCCAAAAUUUCAAAUCUAUGCCGGUAAUACCUGGAGUGUGAGGAAUGGCUUAGCUUGGUAAGAACAUUGCACAACCUACACAUGCCUGAUCUUAUUUCCACAAUGUUAUUUUAUUCAGAUAAAACUGCUCAUGUCCCUUGAUCUAGGUUUUUCACCAAACCAUCCUCUGAUUUUUGUUUCUGCCCUUAAUGCGUUAUUACAUGAAAAGCGUUGAUUUGAUAAAACAAAUGCAUGAAACCUGUUACAUAAGAAUCCAUCUACAUCACAACUCAAACAUCUUUACUUUUAUAAACAGACUAUGCUGACUUGUAAUAUAAUAGCACAUAGCUCCCUCCAAAAACUUUACACAAGUUAUGAAAUGUGUUCCAAAAAAAUAAUCCAUAAAUGGCAUACAAUCAGGAUAUGAAAUUUAAAUAUUCUACUCUCAGAAGAGCUAUAGUGGAAUUGAUAUUGAAUAUAUUAUCAUUAUUAAAUUUUAAUAUAUUUAAUGAAACCUAAUGGUUCUAUUUCUCAGUUAUGCAUAUUGAUUUUUUUGUAUUUCUUUAUUUUUAUAUUGCUGAGCAGCCAUCUUAUGUCCGACUGGUGGCCCAACCAUUAUCGGAUCUACUGAUAUCUGCCCUGCUGCGAUUGUUCUAUGUGAAACAGAAGCAGGUGGUCAGAUAACAUUAGUUUGAACCUAUAUGACUGCUCAGUCAGAUACAAAAUUGAUAUUUUAUCCCAAAAAAAAUCAAUAUACAUUUAAAAAAAAAAAAAUAUGGGUUUCAUUAAAUGUAAUAAACAUAAAAAAUGAGAAGUGAACAUUUGAUAACAGUUGUCCUUUUAUGCUUUUGGUCCGCGUUUAGUAUUGUUGACAUAUUAAAUUACAUUUAUCAGUAAGACAUUAAAAGUAAAAUCUAUUAUUUCACUGUUCUUGCAGCAAUUAUUUACCAGACAUAUUCAUUCAUGGUUUCCAUGUCCCUUUAAAAGCAAAGAAUAACUUAAAGGUCUAGUUGCUGAGUAAAAUUACUGUGGACAUAAACCCACUGCGAUAAAUGAGACUGUAAUUUUCUGUCUUCAGCCAGCUCUACCCGCUGCUGAUAGCAAUGUGGUCAUCUCAAAAUUUUGCUAGUUGAAGUCAAUGAACAAAAUACAAUAAUAUAUCUGGUAAUCUCUGGCAGCAUCAGAAAAAGUUCAUAUAAAAACAGAGGCGAGGCAUUGGUCCAAAGAAGGCAAAGAGAGAGGUCUCCAGAUGGUUUUUGAACUAUAGUUUAGAAAUUGCUUUUUCACUGUUUAAAUUGGAAAAAAUACGCCAGCUGUAUUCAUACAGCACCAGUGAAGUUAUCUUUACCAUCUUUUCUUUUUGUAUUUCUGAAAACUCUUUGCUGAAAUAUGAUUCUAGCUACCGUCCUAUUAGACAUGCAGCAAGCAGACACUUCAGGUAAAUUUUUCAGCAUUAUAUUCAGUUCUAAUUUUCUACAGUAGUGCAUUUAGUAAUAAUCCUCAGCUAAUUUGAUUUGAGUACUCCUGAAAAUGUCUACACUUUCAGCUGACCGACUGCACCAUCAGUUUCCUUCACAUUGUGUACUGUAUGUGUAGCAGUGUAUUUUCUAUUUGUAUUUGCAGUUUUAUGUGAGUAAAAUAACAAUGUACAGUCUGGAGGCUGCUGGUAUUAACACUUACUGUAAUAGUUAUCACAAUUACUUUCUAACUUUUGUUACUUAUUUUAUUCUAGCACAAAUCCUCUUGUCAUUCAGUUUGAACACUUUUCCAGCAGAGUCCUUUCUGUUCAUUACUGCUUGCAUAUUCCACUUAGUAAGGCUGAUUGCACUUUCAUUUUUUGUGACCUGUGGCUCUUAGUCAUGAUCCUAACUUGAGUACAGACCGUGUAAUAUUUUAGAAUUGAUGACCUUCUGUUUCUAUGAGGCAAAUUUUUAUUUUUUUUAAAUGCGUUGAGCAUGCAUCUCCUCACGUCUCCUGUAAUUUACUCACUGUGCAUGUGCAUCAUAUAUGGCGGUUAAAUCUGAGCACAUAGCUCUCUGCUUUUCUUCUGUAAGACUGGCAUGCGUCAGUGACUGUAAGCUGCUUUUUAUUGGAUACAAGCAGAAUGACAUAAAAAAUGUGCCUAUCAAAUUUUACUAAUGUAGGAGCACUACACUGUGAUGUAAUCUCAAAAUGCACAUACUACACAGAGAUGACCGACUGAGAAAGCUAGCAGUUGCAGCACAGGCUGGUCUUUCACAAAUGUAUAGAUCUCUAAUAUACACACAUUAAAGGACCUGUCAUGAUCUCAGUUGGUUUGUUUUCUGUCACUGUAUGCAAGCAUAUUUUAGUGCUAAAUAUACCAUAAAACCAGACGUCUAAACCAAAACAAAAUGAUCUUGCUCUAGUGCAUUAUAUCUGUAUUCCAAACAUUGUAUCAUUAAAAAAACAAAACUUUGAUCAGUGAAUUAUUCAGGUUUGUGGACGUUAAAUUGGUGAAGAAAAGUUACACAAAAUGUCACAGAUCAUAGUUCUAGACCAUUUUAUUCUGGAGUACUCAUACUGUAUUUUUGUGAGCCAUUUUUGUUCAUGAUCAACAUUUUAAACCAUCUUAGCAUAAAAUCUAUUUACAUUCACGUAUACCGGCAUUUAUAUAUAGGCAAAUUUAUCCUAUUGAAUCUAAACUUUAUUUAUUAGUUUUCUUUUUCGUCUUCCUAUAACUUUGACAUUUGCUGUGCAUCACAGCAUAAUUUCGGAAUUGUGUCGUUUUGUUUUUUUAAUACUGCAAUAUAUUUGCAAUAGCAGAGUGGGGAGUGCACUUUUGUCCUGGUUAUAGGAAAUUUGAGCAACAGCAUACACUGUCAUAUUCGACAGUUGCAGCAUGAAUUCGGGAUAAUUUGUAUUUAUUAAUUACCGUAGUAUUAACUUGGUCUGCUGCCCUAUAUCUUGUAAAAUUAGACAUGAAUGCUAAGCCUACAGCUUGGUGGUGGUGCAUUUUUUAUUUUUAUUCUAUAAUUUUUGGAUUGUAGUAUAAAAUAUUAAGCACUGUAUUGGUCAUGUAGAAUGGAUGCAUUGUUAAUAGUUUAUACUCUGUUUUAGAAACCAACUUAUCCAUAAAGGAAAGUGGUUUUUAAACCAUAAAGUAGGUUAAUGCUUGUAAACAAUGUACUGCAGAGCAGAAGGAGCAAUGUAAUUACAUAGUUACAUAGCUGAAAAGAGACUUUUGUCCAUAAGUUCAGCCUUCCUCCCAUAUGUUUUUGCUGUUGAUCAAAAAGAAAGCAAAAAAAAAAUCUUAAUACUUGUAACGAGAUUAGGUUUCCUAAAUAUUCUUAACAAGAAAGGAAGUCUAGUAAUCCUGUGUUUUGCGGUCACGAAAAAAGUGUUAAAGGACCAGUAAAAUUACCCAGUUCACAUAAUUUCAACACACCUCUAGUUCAUGACAGGCACUAGUGGCACUUUCUCUUCCACAGCUGAGUAAAACGGUCAUGUGACCAAAUUCAGCUCAUAGAAGCAUUUGGAUAAGUGCGUGGGGCAUGUACAUUCCCCAAUGCUUCUCUGAGCAGCAGCACCCAUCGAGUCUCCGCUAUAGAGAGAGGAAAAAAAAGGUAAAAGGCUGGGGAGUAAAUAUAUACAAGGAUUCAUUAUGCAUUAGGAAUGCAGGAUUGUUUCUUUAAGAGUAACAUGUCUAUGGAAAUAGAUUCUGAAAUAAAGUAAACAUUUCUUUAACAAAACUAUUUUUAUUUUACUUUAGUUUGCGAAUAUAGCACUACGUUUAAAGCUUAAUGUAGUGGUUCUGGUGUCUACAGCAUGUCCAUACAGGCUUUUCAAUGUAACCUCUGCCUUUUCAGAGAAUUAUUUUAUUUUUAUUUUUUUUAUUUUUUUUAACAUUGCUGAUUAGUAACUAAUCUAGUGGCUGUCACUCAGACGGCCACUAGAGAUACUUCCUAGUACAGUGCUGCACGCCAUGCGUGGAGAUGCUUACUGUUCCUGUAGAGAUGUAUUGAUUUGGUGCAGCAUUGGAUUGGCUGAGAUAAUCAAGAUCAAUUAUCUUAGCCAUGGAGUUUUAGGGAGCAAAUGUAAGUAAACACCUUAUUUCUCCCUGAAUAGGUAAUUCAAAACUAUAGUGUUGGGAAUACAUGUGCUCCUUUAAACAUGUUUCAAUUCCCUGUCAAUUAGAUAUGAUACAAUGUUAUUCCAAAGUGUCAUAAUGCUGCAUGAAGCAACAUUGUAUUACCAUACAGGAACACUACUUAAAAUGUAUGCAUUCUAAUCCUUUUUAAUUUUUUUAAAGGACCACUCUAGGCACCCAGACCACUUCAGCUUAAUGAAGUGGUCUGGGUGCCAGGUCCAGCUAGGGUUAACCCAUUUUUUCAUAAACAUAGCAGUUUCACAGAAACUGCUAUGUUUAUGAAUGAGUUAAGCCUUCCCCUAUUUCCUCUAGUGGCUGUCUCAUUGACAGCCACUAGAGGCGCUUGCGUGCUUCUCACUGUGAUUUUCACAGUGAGAGCACGCCAGUGUCCAUAGGAAAGCAUUAUGAAUGCUUUCCUAUGUGACCGGCUGAAUGCGUGCGCAUUCAGCCGACGGGGAGGAGGAGAGCUCUCCGCCCAGCGCUGGAAAAAGGUAAGCUUUAACUCCUUUCCCCCUUCCAGAGCCGGGCGGGAGGGGGUCCCUGAGGGUGGGGGCACCCUCAGGGCACUAUUGUGCCAGGAAAACGAAUGUUUUCCUGGCACUAUAGUGGUCCUUUAAUACUGACUCUUUUGGUUUUGUUUUGUUUUGUUUUAAUUUAAUUCUUUAUCAUUAAACAGACUCCUCAUUGCAACACAAACGUCCACCUGCAUAGUCAUCAUGACCAAUUGAAUCUAUUCACUAAAUGCCAAAUUUUGUUUUUCAGUACUGGUUAAUUACAUUUGGCUCAUUUCCCUUUCAUUCAGUUGUUAAAAAUUCCUCCAUGGUUCACUAACCAUGUAUUCACUAACAACCAAAUGGUAACUGAAUUGAGACAAAUGGAUCAUUGCUACUUUUCAAAAUGAUUUAAUUGCUGCAUUGGGGUCAUUUCAAAAUAGCUAAGCCAAUGUAACUUAAUUUACCUGCUAUAGGGGAAAAAAAGAGAGCCUGGUAUUGUAAGGUCGGGGGAGGUUAGUGUUGGAGUAUCCCCUAGGAUUAGGGAGGAUGCUUAGAAUUUUUUGUUCAAUUCCCCAAGUCUAUCAGGAAUUUUGGGGGGGUGGGGUAGGGUGUCAUACAUAAGGGUCUACAUUCCCCUAAGCAAUUCCAUGAUAGGAUUUCUUAACUGAUUAACCUAGUAUAAAGUCUAUUAAAAAAAAGUUACUUCGUUUUACUACAUGAAGGUGGGCUAGGGCACUCAUGACACUAGAACCACUACAGUGUGACAGUGGUUAUGGUGCUUCUUUGGAGUGUUUCUUUAAUAUCUGAGACCACAUUUUCUUAGGUACAUUUGGAGCAAUUCUGGGGCCAAGAGUUAAAUUUAGAUUAGAUCAAUCCAUAGAAGUGUUUUGUUGGAUUUCAUAGUGACUGCUCCAAAUUCUACAUUUUGCCCCUGAGUUUGAAAAUGUAGAACAUUGCUUUGAACAGUGUGGGUCAUGGUAUUAAUGAAGAAGCUCUAUAGUAAAUGUAUAGAAUAGGUAAAAUUAUGUUUUACUAUGAAUUAAAUAUGAGUCCCUGAAAUGUAUUUUGGAUGUUGUGGUUUUAAGCCCACGUCACCUGCAAGCAGUCUGUAACAUCGCAGCACAACUGCAUAUUAUUAUUAAAUAGCUUGGCUACUUUCUUGAAUGUAAUGUAGUGACCGUACUGUAAAGUCAAUAAAAUAAAUACAACCAUCAAUUUUGUUCUUUUUAUUUAUUUAUUUUUCCAAAUAUGUUCCCUUUUCUGGUUACCGAGUACAUGAAGACAUAUUAUUUUUUUUAUUUAAAUCCUUGUUCUUUCCAAGAGACUAUCGAAGGGACCUAUCUCUGUUCUGUACUCAAGUUCGCUUAUUAGUUUUUUUGUUUUGGUGGUGGUGUUUUUUUUUCUUCAAUCUGUGCAAAUGUUGGAAGACAUUGGCAUGUUUGCAUGCAUCGCCAUUUAAAGGAGCACUCUCAUGUUAGAAAUAUAAAUAUCUUUUUGCAUGUUUAUAAUUUCCUUCCCAUUCACAAAACAGUGUGAAAAAGGUAUGUACCUCAUUGAAACUAGGGGACAGAGCGGAUGAUCACUAUCUUCUUAAACUGUUUAACCACUUUAGGUAAGGUGGCGCCCUGGACUUGAAGAGUGAGUCCGCUGUAAUUAUAGAUUUUCAUUAAUAAAAAAAAAAGCUUAAUUGUAAACCUAAUAAUACCAGUACAUAAAAAUACUGUGACGCUGUGCAGUACUAUACCCUACUUCCCAUUUAAUGAUACUUUACUGGGUAUAUAACAUAUCAGCUUUUUAAGCCAAUACCUUAAAUUGUUACUGUAACCUCAAAAAAAAAUUAAUUAAACUUUAUCAUAAAAUGUUUGGUUAGAGUAAUAGUUUCUCCACCAUUGCAUUAGAUGUCUGUUGCCAGUUUGCUGUGCUUGACAACAUUGAAAAAAAUGCACAGAAUUGAUCUGUAAUUGCUAGAAAACUACUUUUACAAUCAUCUUGACACACAAAUCUACCUGUCCUCGCCUGAUCUCUUCCCCCGUCCCUCUUGACUAGUGUCUGACUGCCUCUCUGCUAUUUCUAACUGGAUGGCUGCCCACUUCUUUAAACUCAACUUGACGAAAACUGAAAUUCUGGUCUUUCCUCCUUCAAGUGUUGCUACUACUAUGUCUGUCUCCCUCCAGUCAACGGCGCUACCAUCACCUCUCCCUCGCUGCCUAGGUGUUCUCUUUUACUCCGACCUCUCCUUCAAGCCUCAUGUUCAGUCUAUCGCCAAAUCCUGUUGUUUCCAUCUCAAAAACAUUGUGCGCAUCCGACCCUACUUAAUGCCAGAUGCGACUAAGGUGCUGGUCCAUUCCACUGUCCUUUCUCGCCUUGACUACUGUAAUCCACUUCUCACUCCUCACCCUUCUGACAGUCCCUACAUUGGAUUCCUGUAAGAUAUAGAGCUCAAUUUAAAAUUCUGGUUCUUGCUUUCAAAUCUCUACAUAAUGCUGCUCCCACCUAUCUAUCCUCCCUUAUACACAAGUAGGUCCCUAAAAAAACAAACAAGCAAUAAAGGCGCUGAAAGUGCUAAUAUAAAAUAUAAAGAUAAUAAAAGUGUAGCAGCACCUAAAAGUGUACAAGCUCAUAAAACACCAUACAUAAAAUCCAAACAAUAAAAAUAGGUGCGCUGUAUCUUUAAAUGUUAAAAAGUGCAAAUGUGCAAUAUGUGCAAAUAUUUUGCGCAAAAACACA